CGGGAACAUCGGUGGCCGAGGAGCCAACGAGAAGAGCAGCAUUGUCAUGAAUCCACACCAGCACAGAGAGAUGGCAGCGACCAGAGCUGACAGUGAGAACAACCCCGGCAGCCAUAACCCUCCAAACCACAACCCACCCAAGAUCAUGCCAGUGUCAGGAAAACUGGAGCAGGCAAUGCAGAGCAACUCAGGCCUCGUCCGUCCCUCUGCCUUCAAGCCGGUGGUUCCCAAGAGCUUCCACUCCAUGCAAAACCUGGUGGGCCAGGCUGGAGGAGCAGGGAACGAGGGCAAGAAUGAGUCGAGGAGUGAGGGAUACAGCGACAGCCGAGGUGGCAGGAGAGGCAGGGACGGAGGAGGUGGAGGAGGAGGAGUAGAAUCAGGAGAGGUUCCGGAGGCCCUGCUCCUGGACCAGGACAGCCCAGUGAGGGUCAGCAGGAGUGAAGCCGGGGGGAAUGGCUCUGGGUCCGGUUGUGGCCCUCCAGCUGUCCUGGGGCCUCUGAGUGCUUCCACCAGCCACAUCAACAGGUUGGGAAUGGCUGGAGCAGCUGCAGGCCUUGACAAGCUGGAGAAGCCUGGCUAUCAGAAUGGACUCAGCACCUCAGACAGCGGACGAUCCUCCUCAGGUAAGAGCUCCUCGUCCUACCAGAGGCUCAGCCACCUCAGUGAUGCUCCUGCACCCCUACGGCCUUCCCCCUCCUCUGAUGACAUCAUCCAGGACCUGGAAGAUCGCUUGUGGGAGAAGGAGCAGGAGGUGCAGCAUAUGCGCAGGAACCUGGACCAAAGUGAGGCAGCCAUCAUUCAGGUGUUUGAGGAAAAGCAGCGUGUCUGGGAACGACAGAUGGACGAGCUGAGGCAGAACUACGCUUCACGCCUGCAGCAGGUUACCAGACGUGCCCAGCGCUCUCAGACAGCACUGCAGGCCCAGAUUUCCCGUCUGUCCCAGGACAAGAGGAGGCUCCAGGAGGAGAUCGCAGCUCUGCUGGCCCAGAGGGAGGAGCUGGAGAGGAAGUGUCUGGACUACAGGAAGGAGCAGGCUGACAUUUUGCCUCGGCUUGAAGAGACUAAAUGGGAGGUGUGUCAGAAGGCGGGUGAAAUCUCACUCCUCAAACAACAGCUGAGGGAGAGUCAGGCUGAAGUGACCCAAAGAGCUGGAGAGAUGGUGGCCCUGAGAGGGCAACUGAAGGAGCUGAACGCCCAGCUGAGGGACCGUGAGGAGGCCAUGCUGGGUCUAAAGGACUCCUACAGCACCAAGAGUGUGGAGCUGGAGAAGUGUGAGGGGGAACUCAGGAGGACUCUGUCUGAGGUGUCCAUCCUCAGAGAGAAGAUGGGAGUGUUUGAAGCAGAGGUGCUCAGUUUAAAGCGAGCUCUGAGUGAAGUGAGCAGAGGAGCAGAAGUUGUAAUGAGCCCUAACUUAGCUGCUGCUGGACUCCUGCCCCCCUGGGGAGCUGUGCACUGCCCACGCAACCCCACUGAGCCUUCCACUAACUCCCUCACCCCCACCUCUGACACCCUGCUAAGCCUUCAGAGUGAUGAAGCCAAAGCCCAAAGGCAGGAGGCUCAGAGACAGGAGAGGCAGCAGCGAGAAGAAGCUCAGUGGCGUGACGUGCAGCAGGACAUCCAAAUGCGUCAGGAUGCUCAGCUUCGACCUGAGGCUCAACUCCGCCAGGAGGCCCAAAUCCGUCAGGAGGCUCACCUCCGUCACGAAGCCCAAAUUCGUCAAGAGGCCCAACUACGCCAAGAAGCACAGCUGCGUCAGGAUGCGCAGCUCCGUCAGGAGGCGCAUCUUCGACAGGAGGCACAGCUCCGCCAUGAGGCCCAAAUGCGGCAAGAGGCCCAGCUACGGCACGAAGUGCAACUCUGCCAGGAGGCACAACUGCGUCAGGAGGCCCAACAGCCACAGAGGGCGCAGGAUGGUCACUGGGAUGAGUCAGGAGAGUUGCGCAGGCAGCUGGAGCAGCUACAGGCUGCAUUACGCUUGGAGCGUCAGCAGAGGGAGCGUCAGGCCCUCAAUUUUGACCAGGAGCGACACACUUGGCAGGACGAGAAGGAGCGGGUUUUAAAAUACCAGGCGCAGCUGCAGCUCAGCUACGUGGAAACGCUGCAGAAGAACCAGGCUUUGGAAAAAAGAAUGAGUCAGUUGGGAGCCAAACCCACUACAACCUCCCCCAUCACCACUAUCACGACCACCACCACCACCACCUCCCCCACAUCCUCCAGUUCUCCACCACCCCCACAGGUCCUAACACCCCUGUCUCCUCAGAGCCCACCCUCUAUUUCUGGCCCAAUUGCCCUCACCCUGUCUCCACCGAUCGAAGACCAGAAGACUCCUCCUUCCCUCCACCAGCUUGCCCCACCCUGGGCCGGACCCUCUCGUCUGGAGAGGAUAGAGUCCACUGAGAUAUAGUAAUGUUCAUGAAACUAUUACAAAAAAAAACAGCUCACAUUUUAAUACAUUCAGCAAUAAGGCCUCUCAUAAAAUAAAUAAUAAAAAUCAUUAGCGUAGAAGAAAAAAACAUUUCAGCCUUCAAUAGAAUAAAUCAGUCAGUCUGACAUACUUUUCACUGAAUUCUAAUAGCAACAAAAGCUCACAGUAAAAUCCAGCAUUUACAACCAGAUCGUCUGAAAAAACUCAGUUUAUCAGAGAAUUUUUCAGGGUUUUUUUUACUUGUUGCACACAGUUUUAUCAUGAGAAGUGUGCCACACUGAGGCAUAGCAGUUCAAACAUUAAAUGACAACAGCACUAAUAAACGGGUCAUUUCAUGUCCCACGAUAGAAAAGGACCAAGACAAUCAGGGAUAUUGUCAGAAAUGAUCAACAAAAUUAAUAUGCGGUAUUUAUUCUUUGUAAGUCUGUGACACUGGUAAUGUGAAAGUAGAAUUAGUGGUUAGAGUGUGUGAUAUUAUCUUGCAUCUUUGGCCAGAGAGCGCCUUACUCCAUUCAUUCAUUCUGGCAUGUAUAAGAAAACAGUAAUACUGGGAAUAUGUGAGAAAAAAAAAUCAAGAGUACAAUUGUCAUUUUGAGUGCUUUAAUAUAUAUAUAUAUAUACACACAUACACA